AUUUAGGGUAACUGGUGAUUGUACUUUCGAUAUUAACUGCAAGAGAUCUGAUAGAAGAAGGAUUGUCUGGGUAUUGUCUUGACACGCUAACAAAUUGUGAAAGAUGAGGGAGCUGAUUGCUUUUGCGCUGUUUUGCGUGCUGUGCGUGACUGUUCAAGGGAAAACCUCCUCUCCAAAAGUCAAGGUGUACAGCCAUUUCCCUGGAGAGUAUGGCAAAGAAAACACCCUGAUCUGCCAUGUAAGCGGCUUCCACCCUCCUGAUAUCUCUAUUGAGUUGCUGAAGAAUGGAGAGGUUAUCCCUAAUGCCCAGCAGACUGACCUGGCCUUUGAGAAGGGCUGGCAAUUUCACCUUACCAAGAGUGUCUCCUUCAAUCCAGAGAGGGCAGAUACCUACAUCUGCAGAGUUCGACAUAUGGAAAAAACAGACAGCUUUGUUUGGGAACCCAACAUGUAAAGCCAAACAAUGAGACAAAGAAAGGAUAAUUUCUCAUGUCUUUGAAAAUGUUUCACUAUCAACAUAGACCGCAGAUAUCCCAUCACAUAAAUGAUGUUGCUCAAGAUGCACAAUUCAUACAAAUUACAUAAUAAUUAACCUGAUUCAUUUAUUUUAGUUUUUCCUUGAGUCGACUUAAUCAUAUUGUUCUUUUCUCCAUGAGAGUGAAGUUUAUUUAACCAAAGUACAGCUGCUACAUGUUUCUGUAUGGGGUUUUCUAUGGUUUCUGGUUCUUGUUUCACUGGUUUCUUUCCUCUUUGUGUAAAUGUUGUAGACUAUGCAGGAGUAGUAAUGUGCAAGUAAACAUAUAGAAACAAGCUAUAUUUUUUGUCAUAUUUUGGCUUUGUUUUCAGAUUUAUUCAUUAGAAAGACUACAACAAUUUGUUGAUUAUAAACACAAGUUGUUCAUUUUAAAUCUAAAAUCGCUUACAAGUUAAGACUGCUGUCAAUGAGUUUUUAAUUCAUUUGAAUGUAAUCACAGGAAAAAUAAUGCCAUUCUAAAAAGGGGGAAAUAAAGUUGAUAAAACCAA